UCCCCACUAUUUUCUAAAUCUACCACACUUUUUUCAACAUCAUCCCAACUUUUUUCCUAGAUCAUCCCAACUUUUUUCUACAUCAUCCACACUAUUUUCUACAUCAUCCACACUAUUUUCUACAUCAUCCACACUAUUUUCUACAUCAGGAGGCGGCUUCAGGAGUCUUAUUUUAUUUCACAGGUUGCUUACCUGUACCUCUGGCUAUGACUCUAUGAUGGUCAACUGUUGACAAUAAAUGUCAUGGUGGAGUGGGAGACUUAGAAGCUGCAAGAUUACCCUUUCUACUGAAAAUGUCAUCUUUAUAUAUUUUCUGAAAGAAAACUGGAUUAGAAACCUUUUUGUCUUUUAUAAUGCUCUGAGUAGACGAACAAUCAGGAAAAAACCAACAUUGUAUCACUCUCAGUCAGGGCCGGCACAUGUCAGCCAGGGUCGAUGCAGCCAGCCUCCUAAAACUUUUGAAAGUUCUAAAAUAUGUCGCAAUGCACGUUUGUGCUCUGAAGUAUCAAUAUUAUAUAUAUUCUGAUGAAAAUAAAGCUUGUUUUCUAAGAAACGUUCUUAUUGUAUCACACACACACACACACACACACACACACACACACACACACACACACACACACACACACACACAAACACCAACGCGCGCGCUGCAAGUUAACGGUAUUGCAAUUUUUUAAUGAGGCCUAUAUCGUAUAUACUGUACCUAUUGUGGUAUUAAUCAUAUAAUUAUGUAGGCUUACAUGUAGUGUGCCGGCACUUGUAUUUUUUGCACAUACAUGUAAUAUAAAGGUGGCUCAUAUUACAGGUCAUUUAGACUACAUGAUGAAUUUUAAAAGCCAAUACUAAACGAUCCUAGAUCUAGUAUGUCUCGGGCCUGAGGUAUUUGGUUCUGGAAACGUUGUGAAUGUAAUGUGAUUCAUUUAUUUUCACAUUUUAUAAAAUAAAUAAAUAAAUUAACUAUACACCCAGAACCGUUCACAAAAUGAUUGACGAGCAAAACCGGCAACAUGUCGCCUUGAGGAAACCUGCCCGUCCAGCAGGGGGAGGUCACGUGACUGUGCCGGUCCAUCAUGUCUGGCCUGGGGAACAUAUCAAGAUACAGCCACCCUUUCCCGACCGAACUGUAAAGAAUAUCAAAUUCUGGCAGAGAUUAUCUCAUAUCUGCGAGACAGAUGUAGCGACAGAAAGACUGUGGAACAACUCAACACUGUGCCUCUUCUACUUUCACAGCUUGAGGAUGCAGAGCGACAUUCUACCUCUGUGCGAUUCACCACCACAUUCUUUUCUCAUCAAUAAAUUAUGUGCUUUAAAAGAGAGUGAGGAGUUCUGUGACCUGGUGUUUGAGCUGAGUGGUGCCCGGUACAAUGCCCACCGCCUUGUUCUGGUGGUGUGGAGCCCGGUGAUGAGGAACAUGCUGGACCCGCGGGUGGCCACCACGCAGCACGUACGUGUGUUAUGUGACCAGCACGACGCCUUCCAGAGCUUCCUGAACUUCCUGUACUCGGGAGUUUUGGAGGAGGCCAUGUCCAACAUAUCCACGUUGCUGCUGUUGGCUUCAACUUUCCAGGUUCAUAUACUGAGGUCCAUGUGUGAGACCUACUUGAUCCGCACCACGACUGUCGAUAACGUGAUUAGUCAUUUCCACCUGGCCGUUAAGUUCCAGCUCUCAGAUCUAGAGUCUGGCUGUGUGAGAUUCUUGGGUGAGAAUUUGGACGAUGCCGUCCAGAAGUCUGAUUUCCGAGACCUGGCUCCCGAGCAGUUCAACGCGUUCCUGGGUUCUCACCACGUGUCAAGGUUGAAUCCUGAGAUGAAAUUGUUUCUGAUCAUUUCCUGGCUGCGCGGCGACGUCCCCAAACGCCAGCAGUACUUGGUUCUGUUGCUGGGUCACCUGGACUGGGAGGUCGUGGCCAAAGAUUUCCUGCUGGAGAUCAGCCAGACGGAGAACUUCUUCACCUCCAACCCAUCGUCGCUGUACCUGUUGCUGCAGACGCUGCACUCGGCCGCCAUCACGCUGGGCCCGUACACAGACCAGUUUGAGGCGUUGCGAGAACAGUACAGCUAUCUCCUCUCCAGCGUCGUCACCAGCAUCGUCGAUCUGGGCUCCGGUCGGCACAAAGUGUUUCACCCUGUCAGUUUAUCCGUCAUCUCAAACUCACCAACGCUUCAGGCUGCUGACUCGGCUCACUCACGGCAACCUCAAGUUUCUGCAGAUGUCGAUCAACCUGAUCAGAAAACUUCAAAAAGUCGGAAGAAAAAAGUGCCCAUCAGUGUCACGGAGUCCCCAGAGUGUGUGAGCGAGUCGCCUCAUGAACCGAGCAAAGACAACACGGACUCGCCUGACGUCAGUGGCCGAGAUGAGAAGGGCGACACGCUUGGUGAACCCGCGCUAAGAGCACAUCGCUCUCGGGGAAGCAUGAAAAGGAAACUCAAACUGCCCCGUCGAUUGAUAUCAACCGAGGAACAAACUGAGAAAGAAGAAGAGAAAGCAAGCUCAUCAAGACAGGCAAAGAAAAGAAAAUCUGAACUUGUUCAAAGUAAUCAAAGGAGCACGGAAAAAGCUGUUAGCAAAGAAGUGUCGAAGUCUCCACCGGAUCAAGAAAUACUUAGAAGCAACACCCGAAGUGCUAGAAGUGGUGAUCUGAGCUCCUCUAGUGAUGGGAAGGGGAAAGGUUCCAAGACAAUCACGACAAAAGCUGACCCGAUUGCUCCAAGAAUGUCCACCAGGGUUAGGGAGCAGCGUAAGGAAGUUACGACGGAAUCUGUGGAGGUGACGUCUGAUGAGACCAGGACUGUCAGUCUGCGGGCCUCGGGUCGACCACAGAGGGGGCAAACAAAGGUAGUUCCCAGCAAGGCGUAUGAAGAGAGUAAGAAAGGAGGCAAAGCUGUUGAAGCUAGUUCUGCAAAACUCAAGUCACAGGAGCUGUCUCAAGAAGACUCCUCCUCGACUAAGAAACUCACCAAAGAUGAGCCCCCACGGACACUCAAGUGCUCAACUUGUAGCUUUUCCUGCAACACCAAAGUGGAACUUGACAAACAUAAGAAAAAGGCUCACGAGAGUAAAGGAACAUUUCGCUGUCCAUUAUGUGACUUUGUCUGCAAGUGGAACAAGGAAUUCAACGAGCACUUAAAGUCGCAGCACUUUCAGGGUCCUCCGUACCUUUGUGACGGGGAAGACUGUCAUUUCAGUACGGACAAAAUGGCAACCCUCCUGACUCAUCGGCGCCAGCACACGGACGACCGGCCGUACGUCUGCAGCUCUUGCCUCAUGGCUUUCCGGACAAGGAACAAUCUGUACGCACACAUCAAAAACCAUUCAGACGAGAAGAAAUACCAGUGCCCUGAGUGCAGCCGGACGUUCAAGUUGAAGAACACGCUUGACCAGCACAUGGUCACUCACAGCGACCUCCGACCCUACCUGUGUGACCUCUGUGGCUUCUCCACCAAGUUCCAGUCUCAUCUGAUCGCGCACAAAAAGAUCCACACAGGUGAUGUGUUCCGAUGUAACUUCCCCUCCUGCAAGUACGCCACGCCCAAACGCUCUCAACUGGAGGCGCACAUGCGCAGCCAUCUCGGCAUACGGGAGCACGUGUGUAAGGUGUGCAGCAAAGCUUUCAUCGAACGGUCGCAUCUGGUCCGGCACGAGCGCACCCACUCGGCGGUGCGGGCCCACAAAUGUGACGUGUGCGAGUACGCCUCGAGUCGCGUGGACAAGCUGAGAGAACAUGUGAAGAAACAUCACAGCGGGGAGACCGAAGGGAGCGUGGAACUGGCCACCACGUCUGCUCAGGGGAAAGGAAAGAAGAAAAAAGGAAGUGGAGCUGCAGAGGACAAGACAGAUUCCUUCUCCGCUCAGUCUUCCGCCAUUGUGGAGACGAGCAAGGACACGCCCACCACCCUCACCGACACGCCCACCUCCCUCGCAGACACGCCCACCACGCUCACAGACACGAGGCAAGGCCCGGGUGCUUCCUCCGCUCCUGUGGUGAGUGUGAGACACGAGGAAAGUAAGAAGAGAGGAGCCGACUCAGGGUACAAGAAAGGAGUUGAAGACUGCGGCUCAGCGUAUAGAGUGGGAGUCGAGUCACAGCAAUAUUCCAACAGACAUCGAGUCGUUUUAGAAAAUACAGCACACGUAGCUGGUGGGAGGAGAUUGGAGGAAAGUCUUGAGCCUCACAGGUUGGAGAGGGACAUGACAGCCGAGGAGUUUUUUAUCCGUAUGGGCCUGAACCUGAACGACAUCCACUCCAGUGGAUCGUCAUCCGUCCUGUCAGAUCCCCGCGGUGAAGUGAUCUCCGUCAGCCUGGCUAACGUCCACACCGCCGCCCAAGCGGAGGUCACCCAGGUGUCCCAGUACGAGCCCCGUGAGGCCGACUGUCAUGCAGCGAUACACCAGCUGUCGUCACCACAAGCCCCGCCUCCCCAGCAGACGCUGCUCCUCCCCUCCUCCCGCCUGCCUCCUCCUCCUCCCCCUCACGGAUCUGUCAUGACAUUUGCCCCUCCCCCGUCUAUCCCAAGCUCCUCCCACCUACACCACGUGCCCCACCCCCAGCCCGUCCUGGUGAUACCCGCUGGGUCGACCAUGGCAACAGCCGAGCACUCCGUCUAUCAGCCACAGCCACAGCCACAGCCACAGCACGACCACAUGGCCGACUUCUCCCAUCUAGGGACCUUCCAGUUCCAGGAACACCUCUAGAGUGCUAGUCUAGACGUUGGACAAGUAGUAGAGACAAGACUAAGAUCAGUAGUUCCAGGAACACCUCUAGAGUGCCAGUCUAGACGUUGGACAAGUAGAGACAAGACUAAGAGCUAGGAGUACUUUCAGUCCAGUCAUCAAGUCUGAGUUGGAAUGAUUCAUUUGAAGAGAGAGAAGAAGCACAUGGACACAACAGUGGUCACUCAGUGCAGGGGAAAAGACAGAGCGGGCAGACGGGAAAAUCAGUGGGGAAGAACAUACGUAGGUUCUGCCAGUGGCACGCUCCAACCACCCACAAAGUUACCAAGUGGAACUAACGUUUCCAAAUGACCUUGGCCUUAGUGUGGUGUCUUAUAACGACAUUUGGUUCAUGAUAUUUACACACAUUUAUUUGUUGAAUGUACGGUACCGUAGGAGUAGAUAUUUCUUAUGCUCCCAGCAACACAGUUUAGGUAAAUUAGGAGGCUGGCUUCCAAACCUGCCUGUCAGGGCACAUCCCGGCUGAAAGACCAAGACACUCAAUAAAACUUUCUCCCCACCCAUAGACACAGGUAUUUACACAAUUCCUCAAGCCUUUUUAUAAGAUAAGAUAAGAUAGGGUUUCUAGAAAGAUGACCUGUGAAGAGAGAUUUUUUAACUUGUGAAAGUGGUCCAUGUGAUACUGUAAUCCAAAGAGUGUAUAUUUUUAUGUAUGUUCGGAAUGUUCAUGAACCGUACAUGAAGUAGUCUGUGACAAGAUGAAGGUGUUGUCAAACACCUAGAGCUGUAUUGUACAGGUGAGGGCACUAGAGAAAUUAUUUGCAAUAUUAUUAUUAUUAAAUUAUUAAAGAAAAAAUCUGCAACCUGAAAA